AAACACGGCUACAGUACUUACAUGGUUUUAUUUUAAUGUUACGAAUAGAUAUCGCGUAUCUUUAGGUGAAGACUUCCAUAAAAGGUUAAAAAAAAAAAUUUUUUCUUUUACGUUUGAGUGCUGACUGCAGGGACGUGCCGGGUUUUCCGGGUUUAUGCUUUCUUCCCGUAUAGGAUUUGGGUAAAUAGUCAGCAGGCUUUGUGUGAAUAACUAUGAACUUUAACCCACAUACUAACAUGUAAUAAAGAUACCUUAAAUAGGCCAGUAGUAAAAUAUAGCUGAAAAUACUUAAACUUUUGCAGGUCUUUGCGUUAUGCGGUUUUGUACAGUUCUCUGCCGUGGGGCUGAGGGUACGGCAAGGCAAAAGGUUCCCCGUGGGCUCCCCUUUCAGUCACCCAAACCUGCCAGAUCAGGCAGUGUCGCCCAAACAUUCACCAAACCAGUGAAUGAGGCGGCAGUAGACAGUCUAUCAUUCUCCAAAGCCAAAAUUGGGUGCUUCUUUCAAGAAAGACCAGUACUAAAGAAUCCAUUCCUUGAGGAUGCUCUGCUCAAGGGCUAUCUGAAGAGGUAUAUACCACAUGAGGCAGUUGUGUCAGAUUUAUGUGCAUUUGGAGAGCGUGUAGCCAAUGAAGUCGAUGGCUGGGGGAGAGAAUGCGAAGUUUCUCCUCCACAACUGGUUCAGUAUGACUCUUGGGGGCGCAGAGUGGACCUCAUCCACACUAGUGCUGCCUGGAAACGAAUGAAAGACUUAUCAGCUAGAGAAGGACUUGUUUCCAUUGGCUAUGAGCGACAUUAUGGGGAGUGGAGUCGUGUUUGUCAAAUGAGCAAGUUAUUCCUCUUCUCACCCUCCUCUGGCCUCUACACCUGUCCUUUGGCCAUGACUGAUGGAGCAGCUAAGGUUAUUGAGUCCUUAGGUACCUCUUGGCCAGUGAAGGAAGCCUUUAAUCGAUUGACCACUCGUAAACCUGAAUAUUUUUGGACAUCUGGGCAGUGGAUGACUGAGCGACAAGGAGGAUCUGAUGUCGCGAAUGGAACGGAAACAGUGGCUGUUCCUCAAACUGAUGGUUCAUUCAAGCUUUUUGGUUAUAAGUGGUUCACCUCUGCCACAGACGCUGACAUGACCCUCACACUGGCCAGAGUACAGGACUCCACAGGAGCUAUAAUACCGGGUAGUCGAGGACUGUCCUUGUUUUAUGCUGAAGUGGGUCGUGAUGAGAAUGGUCAGUUAAAAGGCAUAGAAGUACAGAAACUGAAGGACAAGCUUGGUACCAGACAGAUGCCAACAGCAGAGUUACUGCUGGACGGACUGCCCGCUCAUAUGAUUUCUACAGAAGGACGGGGUGUGGCUUCCAUUGCAAAUAUGCUUACAAUAACCAGGAUUCACAACAGUUUAUCUGCAGCAGGAGCAAUGCGAAGGGUAGUGCAGCUGGCCUGUGACUAUGCAACCCGCCGCAAAGCUUUUGGGAAGCUUCUUAAAGACCACCCACUACACAUGCAGACUCUUGCCAGGAUGGAGGUUGAAACUCGUGGGGCCUUUCUCUUGGUAAUGGAUGUCUGUCGUCUUUUGGGCCUGGAGGAAACAGGAAUUGCAACUGAACUUGACUCACAUCUCCUACGUCUUCUUACACCUGUUGUCAAAUUGUACACAGGUAAGCAGGCUGUGGCUGUGGUGUCAGAGGGGUUGGAAAGCUUUGGUGGACAGGGCUACAUUGAAGAUACUGGGUUGCCAGGACUUCUUCGAGAUGCACAGGUGUUGAGCAUUUGGGAAGGCACAACAAAUGUCCUGUCAUUGGAUAUUCUCCGCUGUGUGGCAAGAAGCUCAGGCAUGGUUUUUCAUGCAUAUUUUAGCCACACCAAGUCCCUUCUUAAAAAUGCAUCUGGGGUUUCUGUAUUGACUCCAGCAGUAAAAGCAAUACAGUGUGCACUCUCUAAACUGGAGUUAUUGGUGCAGGACGCUGCCACCAAGGAGCCCCGCUAUCUUGAAAUGGCAGCGAGAGAUCUAGCGUAUAGUUUGGCUCGUAUCUAUGCAGGGGCCCUUCUUACUGAUCAUGCAUCUUGGAAAGGUGGUGUGAGCAGGAUUUGUGUCCUGUGGAAACUAACCAGGAAAGAGGCUGGUACAACCCUGGCUCUCCACAUGAUAAUGCAGCAUUAGUGUACCAGCAAACACAACACUGAAAUAAUUAAGCAUUUCAAAAAACACAAAAAAGCCUUUAUUGUAUUUAUAUAGUACGACGUAUAGAGUUUAUUUCAUCUGUGCAGAAAGACAGGGGGAGAGAUGCUUUAUUGAUUUUGAGGGAAAUUCAAGUUUUGCUGCAGCAAACUGUUGCAAUUUUUCAGCCACAUUUACACUGCGCUUCUCAGUCGCCUUUGUGUCUCAAUCUAAGGUCUCAGUGCAAUUUAACAGACGGACUGGUCAGGUAGGAUUGGCAGAUCUGUGUCAGGGCGGUUUUGGGAAAUGAGGAGGCAAAAGUGUCUCUCCUCUGUGUCUUGCAAUAAAGAGACUGUAAAUUGUUACAGUAAACACAAGGUUCAGAAUGUAUAAUAAACAAUUUUGAAUGUUACAAAA